UAGAUGCUUAGAUUAACAGUGGUUCCCAACCCUGGUCCUUGAGGCACCCCAACACUGCAUAUUUUGCAUGUCUUCUUAAUCAAACACACCUGAUUCAGGUCUUCAGCUCAUUAGUAAUUGGAAAUUGGUGCAUCAUAGAAAGGAGACAUGCAAAAUGAGCAGUGUUGGGGUGCCUCAAGGACCAGGGUUGGGAACCACAGGCUUAUUAGAACACAUUUUCUGGUUGCUAUUUUUAUUUCCACCACUAGAUGGAGACGCGUUUCCACUUUUAAAACUACUCCUUCUAUACAUCUUACAUAUCUGAGCACUACAUCAUGAACACACUCACAUACACACUAUAUAGCCAUCACACUUUCACUUCUAUAGAAGCAGUGAAUAUCUGUAACGGCCUAUUAGCAUCAUAUCAUUAGUUAUAUAGCAAAGAAGUUCAGUUAGCUCGUAUUAAUUUGCACGUCCCUUUUUUAAGAGACUUAUCUCCACAAUUUAGGAAACAACUUCAAAUGUUUAAUUGAAGAUGUUGUUUCUGCACUAGUAACAGUUCAAACACAUAUGUGACUAGUAUGUUAAUGUAUUAGAACUGCACUCAUGCCCAGGUGAAGGACACAUGUGCAAACCCUUCAUCAUCUUCAUCAUCCUUCAGUCUGAAUCUCAUUAGAGUCUCACAGCCUGCAGAGCAUCACAGCAGCCGUCUGCAUCCACACGAGCCCGUCGACAUGAGAUCUCACUGCAUCUGCAUGGUGUGUUUUGUGCUGUGUGUGUUUGGAUGGCAUGACCUGGAUAACAGUGAAUAUGACUGCUGGCCGCUGGAAAAACCAGAUGAACUCAACAUGAUCGACUGCGGAGGUCUAGAGAUGGCGUGGGUCCUGCGUCCUCCAGAGAAGGUUCUGAGUGGUGAGGAUUUCAGUGUCAUUUACUCUGUGACCGUCAGAGAGGAGUUUUACCAGUGGGCCAUCGACAAUGACAUCUUCAUUCACCGGUCCAUCACAGAUCCAGCUGAAGCCAGACGCUUCUGUGAGCAGCACGACUGUCCCGCCGACUGGAAGGAUGCGAGCGGAGAAAACUGCUGCAUCCAUCACGCCAACAUCCACUCCUGCCCCAUGGGAUUCAUGAAACAGGCAGAGGAGAGGAUCUGUGGACCCUGGAUCCCAGACGACGGUCGGUUAUUCACUCACACCAUCUCCACUUCUGGAAAAAUGAGCCAGACCAACUGGAGCGCCAAGGUGGUGUUGUUUCACGAGGGAUUGACGUCUCUCAUCGCUCACAUCCGUGUGGGAAACAUGCAGGUCGCACUGGAGGCCAAGAGCACCGUCUUGCCCGCGAUCAUGUGCGGUGACGGUCUGUGUGAGGAAGAGGAGAGCUGCUCCACCUGUCCUGCCGACUGCGGCGACUGUCCUCUCAGCUCUGCUGCUCGAGCUGCUAUCGCCCUCACCGUCACCACCAUCAUCAUCAGCUUCAUCAUCAGCGCUAUGUGGUUUAAAUAUCAGAAACAGAAACUCUUCUGGGAUGAGAGCUGGAUCAUCGACUUCAAUCACAUUAAACAAGAUUACAUUGCCCGGGCAACAAUGGGCAGCAUCAUGAACGGCGUCCCAGUGGCCAACAGUGACUCUAAUGCCAGCUGUGUGACGGCACUGAGCUCCUACACAGGAGUCACCGCAUCACGCAAACAACUCUACACACAGACCGGCAUCUAUGAUGGACGAACUGUGGCAAUCAAGAAAAUAAAAACGAAAACAUUUUCCCUCUCGAAGACGAUUCGCCAAGAAGUGAAGCAAGUCAGGGAGCUGGAUCAUCCCAACCUCUGUAAGUUCUUUGGAGGUUGUGUGGAGGUGCCCAACAUUGCCAUAAUAACAGAGUACUGCCCUAAAGGAAGUCUGAACGACGUCCUGCUGAACGACGAGAUUCCCUUGAACUGGGGCUUCAGGUUCUCCUUCGCCACAGAUAUCGCUCGUGGGAUGUCGUACCUGCAUCAGUUUAAGAUCUGCCACGGACGACUGAAAUCAGCCAACUGUGCUGAGGACAGCUCUCUGGAGUGCGGCUGGUGUCCUCCGCUGCCGGAGCUGAUUUCAGGGAAAGCCGACAGCACCUGCCCCUGUCCUGCUGAAUACGCUGAGCUGAUUCGCCGAUGCCGUGGUCAUAACCCCACCCACCGGCCCACCUUUGAGCAGAUCCGCAAGUUUGUCAACAGAAUCAACCCGCACAAAGUCAGUCCUGUAGACAUGAUGAUGGAGCUGAUGGAGAAGUACAGUAAACAUCUGGAAGUUCUGGUCGGUGAACGGACGCAAGAUCUGAUGCUGGAGAAACAGAAGACCGACAGACUGCUUUACAGUAUGCUGCCUAUACAGGUGGCUGAUGACCUUCGACAGGGCAAACCGCUACAAGCCCAGAGUUACGUCAGCGCCACUGUGUUCUUCAGUGAUAUCGUCGGAUUCACGCAGUUGUCCAGCACUAGCACUCCUUACCAGGUGGUUGAUUUCCUCAACAAACUCUACACCACCUUUGACGAGAUCAUCGACAACCAUGAUGUUUAUAAAGUGGAAACCAUCGGCGAUGCUUGUAUGUUGCUUAACAGUUUCAUCACAACAAAUGUUUGUGUAGCCCUUCCUGGUCAAACCGGAGCUGAAUGCUCACUGAGAGGUAAAGGUGACAUGGUGACGUACUGGCUGGAAGGGAAGCGUGCUGCAGCUCCGGCUAAAGACGCGAGGAACCCCGAGACUCACACUGACGAUUACUCCAGUAUCCCAGGAGUCCUCAGCGGCUCUGACAGCGCUGACCUGCUGUGUGACCCCUGA